CGCCGCACCCCAAGAAGAGCACGAUCCUCAAACCCAUGCAUUGUGUCCGCGCCCCACAAACAGCAGCGAAAGAGCUUCGGUCUGGAGUUGUUCAAGAGUGCCGCUCAACAGGAUAAACCGCAGGAACAACACGAUUUCAUAGCUGAAGCUAAGGAGGCCGCGGAGAAGAAGAAGGAACACGAGAAGCCAAGCACGAGCAUAGUCACAGUCACAACGGGUGAAGAAAACGACGUCAAUAUAUUUCAGACUGCUUGCAAGUUGCACUCGUUUGAUAAAGAGAAGAAAGCAUGGGUUGAGCGUGGCCUUGCGCAUAUACGGAUAAAUCAAAGAAACGAGGAUGGCGAAGUGCAUCAUCGUAUAGUGGCACGAACUACGGGUAAUCACCGUGUAGUUAUUAACUCAAGGGUGCAUGCGGAUAUGUUUUUCGAGAGGAUCGAUCAGAAGCGAUUGAAGAUCAGCGCAACGACGCCGGAUUCGAACGCAAUGCAGAUUUUCCUCGUCACCAUUGGCUUCUCUAAAACCGCUUUAAAUAUCGAUGAGUUCUGCGCGAUAAUGGAAGGUAUACUCAAAAAAGAAAAAGCAUGCGAAUCUCUGAAGAGGAAGCGGAAAGCAGAAGAAGAACCAGGAGCAGAGAAGGUCGCCAAGAUGAAUAUUCACGACGAAACAGUUUCCAGUAAGGAAGCGACUCCUUCUGGUGCAGAUGCGGCAGGAGAGGAGGAAGCAGAGAGUCCAUCUGAAGAACAAAAGGAGAGUGAAGACAGCAAAGAGGAUGAUAGUGCCUGA